AUGAACGCCCCACCCCCCACCCCCCCGCAGGACGACAACGAAGCGCAAAAGCAAAUCCAGCAAAUGGUAAAUUUCAUCCUCAACGAGGCCAAGGACAAGGCACACGAAAUCGAGGCCAAAGCAUUAGAAGAUUUCAACAUUGAAAAAUUACGCAUAGUGCAAAAAAUGAAAGAAAAAAUAAGAUUAGAAUUUCAGAAGAAAUCUAAACAGAUGGAAAUUAAAAGGUCGAUCAGUCGAUCGUCCGCCAUUAACAAAGCUCGUUUAAAAAAAAUGUGUGCAAAGGACCAAGUGUUUAAGGAAAUUUAUAAAAUAAGUAGCGAACGACUUGGGGAAUUGUAUAAGGAUAAAGACAAGUAUAGAAAUUUGAUCAUCGACCUCAUUGUUCAGUCCCUGUUCUACAUGCAGGAACCUCAUGUCAUUGUCCGCUGCAGAAAUGUGGAUAAGGCCAUUGUGGAAAACUGCCUCCAUGAUGCUAUACAAAAAUACAAUGAAAAAUUGAAAAAGCAAUUUAAUGUUACUAAGAGUGUUAAAAUUGAAAUUGACAAGACCGGAAAUUAUUUGCCUCCCCCUCCCUCCAGUGAUAAUGAAGGCAACUCAUGCCUCGGGGGAAUCAUCCUUACCACUCCUAAUAGGAAAAUUAACUGUGAUAAUACGCUGGACGUUCGUCUGAAAUUGGCUAUCGAGUAUUGCACGCCUGAAAUUAAACGCAUGUUUUUUGACACACUCUGA